CGCUCGUUCGGUCUACCAGACGUCGGCUACGCUAAUGUUAGCUAGCUGGUUAGCUUCCAGUGCUAGGCUUGUUUCGCUACCUGAUUUACGCUUCCCUCAUUCUGCUGUCGUCUUUUCGGCUCAACUCGGAUAUCGUCGAGCUGGCAACCACCAUCGUCGCCGCAGUGGACUCAUGUUAAAAUUCUCAGAGAAAGCUUUGCUGCUAAAUUAGUUUUGUUGUUGUCUCAAGUCUACGCUCGGGCGGCCAUCUUGGGUUGACCUGUGGAUCACAGGAGAAACUCAGCACGCCUCUCGAACCUCUUCACCGCCUACUAAAACUACCAACAAGACAUCCGCCAAGCGUCACAUCCGGCCAGCAGGGGGCGCUGACUCAGUACGACGCAGAGAUCGUCGAAGAAGAACACUGAGAAGAACACUCCUGCACACUGUCAACAUGAUUUCAACCAGAAGACUAAGCAAGGAACUUGAGGAAAUUCGCAAAUCUGGAUUUAAAGAAUUCCGUAACAUUGAAGUGGACGAAGCAAACAUUUUGAACUGGCAAGGCCUCAUUGUUCCUGAAAGCCCUCCCUAUGACAAAGGAGCCUUCCGGGUGGAGAUCAACUUCCCCACAGAGUACCCUUUCAAACCUCCCAGGAUCACGUUCAAGACCAAAAUCUACCAUCCCAACGUGGACGAGAAGGGUCGUGUGUGUCUGGCCAUAAUCAGUGUUGAGAACUGGAAGCCUGCGACCAGGACAUCCCAAGGUCAACCCAAUAUCAGACUUGACAGUGUUUGCCAUUCAUUCAUUCAUUUGUGGCAGCCUGCCACAAAUAGAUUUGCCGCUAUCUGUUCACCCUCGCUCAUAGAGUCUGGGUGUGUGUGUGUGUGUGCUUGCGCGUGUGUGUGUGGUGCAUGCAGUCAUCCAGUGUCUCAUCUCCCUGGUGAACGUCCCGCAGCCCGAGCGUCCCCUGAGGGCGGACCUGGCCGACGAGUACACCGAAGACCGAGAUCAGUUCAUGAGGAAUGCGGAAGAGUUCACAAGGACGCAUGGCGAGACACGACCAGAGGACUGACAUGACUCAGUCACUGGAGAACCUUUCUUCUUUCAGCACUUUGCCCUCGAGACUCGUCCCUCUUCAAGACUUUUUCAUGCCUAGUCGGGCUGCGGCGUCUCGCUGUCACAUUUUUCUUCUUUGGGGAAAAACAAGCAUCAUGUGUUCCGAAGCAUUUUAUGUUUGUAAGCCAUUAGAAAUGUUUUAACACUUGUUUUCAAGGUGUGCUGCUUCUUGUCUUGUCUGGAAGUUUUGGUAGCAUAUCAAGAAUGUUUGAUAGUGAUGGACAUGGAGUCUUAUGUCUAUUGGGACAAAAAGCAGGUGUGCUUUAGCACAGCUGAAUGCUUGAAAAUGUGCCGCUAUAUUUUCUUACCUUUUAUGUUCAUUUCAUCUCCCAGGCUGUUGAGGCUAACUGUUUUUACAGGAUAAUAAAUAUACAAAAUACACCACAUCAAUCACCACCUUCUUGCACCUUCAUGUCAUCCUAAAGGACUUGGACCUGUAGAUACUGAAGUUGUAGAUGCCAUGCUAUCGACAGCCACUCGGGUGGUGCUUUCACUCAAGCUGGUGGCGGCUCUGAUACAUUUAAUUUUUACAGGAUUAAUCAGUCAUUUAAAUUGCUAAACAGAUUAAUCACAGUUUUCAAAUAAAUUCACGGUUUUAAAAUAAAUUGUGAUUACUCA